AAUAAACUAAAACCAUAUCGGAUCAAAAUCAAAACCAAUCGAAAACCCAAGUUCCUUAGAUGGUCAUUUGGUUUUGGUCUCCCUCAUUCUUAGACCGAAACUAACCGAACGGAUUUUAAAAAUCAAUAAAAAUAGGAGGCUUUUGAAACGCUUCCUCAUCUGAUGACUCUGAUCUCGUAAAACAUUCAUCUUAUGUCUCCUCAGAACGUUCCCCAACUGAUGGUUGGUUGCUGGGGACUCAUUUCAUCUAUGUUUAAAGCAUGUGAGGACGUGAAGUAUGUCGCACGGCUACACGCUUAUAUCCUGAAGAGCGGUCUCAUCUGUGACAGCUUCUUUGCUACAAAGCUUAGCUCUUCUUAUAUAAAAAACUUCUCUCUCAGAAGUGCCCGGAAAUUGUUCGACGAAACGACUCAUCCAAAUGUCUAUUUAUGGAACUCCAUCCUCAGAGGCUACUUCAGAGAAAAGCAGUGGAAAACUACCAUCCAUCUCUUCCAUCAAAUGUUAUCUUCGACCACUGUUACUGCUACUGGAGAUGCAAAAGCCGACAACUUUACUAUAUCCAUUGCCCUGCAGGCCUGCACUGAAUUAUCAGCCAUUCAGAUGGGCAGAGCAAUUCAUGGGUUAGUCAACAAGCGUGAAAAGAUUGGUUCGGACAUGUUUGUCGGUUCUGCAUUGAUUGAAUUUUAUGUAAAUCAUGGAGGAAUGGAUGAUGCUUUACGGGUAUUUAACAACUUUCCUCAACCGGAUGUUGUUCUAUGGACUUCUAUGGUUACUGGUUACCAGAAGAAUGGUAAUGCAGAAAUGGCGGUGUCGUUCUUCUCCCGGAUGGUAGUGAUGGAAGGUGUCAGUCCUGAUCCUGUUACUCUUGUUAGUGUUGUGUCUGCUGGUGCUCAAAUGCUGAAUAUUGAAGUUGGGAGAUGUGUUCAUGGUUUUACGAUCAAGAUGGGAUUUAGCGCUCACUUAUGUUUGGUUAAUUCCAUUUUGAAUUUAUAUGCAAAGACAUGUUCUGUCAAUAAUGCAAGGAAUUUGUUUAUGAAGAUGCCCCAAAAAGAUGUGAUUUCGUGGAGUACUAUGAUUGCCUGUUAUGCUCAGAAUGCUGAGGCCACUGAUGCCUUAGAUCUUUUCAAUGAGAUGAUUGAGAAGGGAUUUGAACCCAAUUCAGUCACUGUGGUUGGUGCUUUACAAGCAUGUGAAUCAGCUUGUGAUUUAAAAGUAGGUAGGAAGAUCCAUGAGAUUGCUAUUCAGAAAGGUUUUGAGUUAGAAGUUUCUGUUUCGACUGCUCUAAUUGACAUGUACAUGAACUGUUCGUGCCUUGAAGAAGCAGUUUAUCUGUUCAAAAGGAUGCCCAAAAAGGAUGUCGUGUCUUGGGCUGCUUUAAUAGGUGGAUUUGCUCAAAAUGGGCUGGCAAACAAAUCUAUAGGGACCUUCUGCACUAUGUUACGCAGCGAAACUCGGCCAGAUGCAGUUACUGUGGUGAAGCUUCUCACGGCUUCAUCAGAAUUAGGGAAUCUUCAUCAAGCUCUAUGUCUCCAUGGUUUCUUGGUUAGUAGUGGAUUUGAUGAUCGAGUUUUUGUUGGGGCCGCACUCAUAAAAUUGUAUUCUAGAUGUGGUAGCAUAGAUGAUGCUAUCAGGGUUUUUGAGGGGAUGAGUGAAAGGGAUGUCAUUGUUUGGAGUUCAAUGAUCGCAGGCUAUGGAAUUCAUGGUCUAGGAAGGGAAGCCCUUGAAAAAUUUGAUCAGUUGAUUGAGACCACAUUGCUUAGGCCCAACAGUGUGACUUUCCUCUCAGUGUUGUUUGCAUGUAGUCAUUCUGGUUUGGUGGGAGAAGGGAUUAAGAUCUUCUAUAAAAUGGUGCAUGAGUACAGGAUCAACCCCAGUUUAGAGCAUUACAGUGUCAUGGUCGAUCUUCUUGGCCGCUCUGGGAAAUUAGAAAAGGCCCUACAGCUCAUUGAUCAGAUGCCAGAGCCAGCUGGGCCCCAUGUGUGGGGAGCCUUGCUUGGCGCUUGUAGGCUUCACCACAAUGUCAAGAUAGGGCAGAUUGCAGCUAAGAGUCUCCUCCAGCUAGAUCCUGAUCAUGCUGGAUAUUAUGUGUUAUUAUGUAAUAUAUACGCUGAGGAUGAGAAAUGGCAUAAUGCAGCUGCCAUUAGAACUCUGAUAAAGGAAAAAGGGUUGAAAAAGAUGACUGGCUAUAGUUCCAUUGACAUUGGAAGGGAGCCGCAAGAUUUCUUAGCUGUCUGAUCAGAUAUGCAUUUUGCUUUCCGAGUCAGAAUGUGAAAAUGAGACGGCAGGGAUUUUUUUCCGAUCUAGAUCUUUUGCUGCAUGGUUCAGAUGACUUUUCAUGGCAUGAUGUUUGGAAUUCACAUUUUGCAAUUAUUUAAAAGCAGGGGCUGACGUAGAUAACUUCCUAUGAAGUUCCGAAGCUGAAUUGGCCUUGGAUUCAUGGUUCAGGAAGUGAGCUCCGCUUGAAAAGCGAAGUGAGCCUAUCAGAGAAAGCCGUUGCACACAUGACACGGGCAUCUGUUUUUCAGCCAGAUAAAAAACAUACCAUCACAAAGAACACCGCAGGAACAAGGCCAAGUCCAAAAAAGGACCUAUGGUUCCGCUUUGAACCUGAUAUCAGUUGUAUGGAUAAGCAUCAGUUGUAUGUAGGCUGGGAUCUAAACCCUCAAGAAACAAUGUCAGGACUGUGUUUGGAAGAAAAGGGGAAACAAGAGAAGACGAAACUGGUAGGCAAUUGAGAGGAAGGGGAGAAGGAGGAAGAAGAGGGGAGGAACAGGGAAUGGCUUUCUCUGCAACUCCUCUCUAAUAUUCUUAAGCCAAAGAAGGAAAAGAAGAUCUGAAGAGGAAGUUGUUGUGGUGUACCUGGUCUUUGAUGAAUUGCAGCUCUAAGUCACACUCUUCCUUAUUGUUUGAAGUUUGAGCAAGCCAAACAGGGAAGAAAGAAAAAGGGAAAAUUCCCUAAAAGGGAUGCUUUUGGGGAAACUUGCAGUCCAGCAGAUCCUCUUUUAUUUCUUUUCACUUAUUACAUAUGCUUAGUACCAUUUGAUUUUGAUGGAGAAUGUUCUGGUACACUACCGGAUUUUUCUGUUCUUCAAUGAUGGGGAUGUCUGCAUUGGUAUAGUAGUCCAUACAACUUCGUGCAAAUUAUUGAUCUUUCUGCUUUCACUCAUGAUUAGUUUAUCUAGGAUCUUGAGCAUUUAUGUGGUUUUUAUCAGUACACUCACAGAAUACCAAAUUUUUUAUUGCAAGAUCUAAUAUGUUGGGACUGUUUUAUCG